UAUAUUUUCUGCUAAUUGGGAAAUUACUUGUACAUUCAUUUGUGUAUUCUUGGACUUACGCAUCUGGUGUAAAUAAACAAAAGAAAUGGGAAAAUUAGUCAUUAAUUAAACAGAGAUUUUUUAAUGAAUGAGGGCUUUGUCCUUGACUUCCAUAUUUGGUACGAAGUACGUGGGUGAUUGAGUAAGUGUGUUCAUUAAGCAAACGUUGUGGGAAACGAUUACUCAUACACCGCGUCUAACCGCUUAAAGACCCCGGGGUCUUGAGGCAGACGACAGUUCGUCAAGCUACCUGAGCGCGUGCUAGUCGUUCGGAAAUUAACUUGCUUAACGUACACACACGAUUUUACUGUCUUCCUACUAAAUCCAGCUGUUAAACAAUGGGCUUCAACGUAUGUUUAAAUAUCGCUUUGGCCGUGAUAGGUAUUUCGAUACUUGCUUCGACGGUUAUUGCAGCACCUCUGGCAGAUUCCAGUCAACAAGCUCUGAUGUACCUCAAGAAAUUUGGGUAUGUAGACGAGACAAGCGACAAGUCUUCUUCACUGACGGAUUUCAACUCUUUGGAAAAUUCUAUCAAAGAUUUUCAGAGGUUUGCAGGCUUAAGCGAAACAGGCGUUCUGGACAAUGAUACAAUAACAAUGAUGAAUAUGCCACGUUGUGGAGUCAAAGAUAUAGUUGGCCAUAGCAUUUCAGCUAGGAAAAAACGAUAUGCCUUGCAAGGCAGUAAAUGGAGGACUACUAGUUUAACCUACAAAAUCGGUAAAUAUCCUAGCCGAAUAAAGGAUCAUUUAAAAGUGGACAAAGAAAUCGAAAAAGCUUUCAAGAUCUGGAGUGAUGUCACAUCCAUAAACUUCAUACAUAAAAAGAAUGGGCGCGUCCAUAUAGAUAUACGGUUUGAGGAGGGAGAACAUGGCGAUGGUGACCCCUUUGAUGGCCCUGGAAAAACCUUGGCUCAUGCUUUCUUUCCCCAGUUUGGUGGAGACGCACACUUUGACGAUGAAGAAAAAUGGAGCAUCAAUUCUUAUUAUGGAACAAAUCUUUUUCAAGUUGCGGCCCACGAAUUUGGCCAUUCUUUAGGAUUGUCGCAUUCAGACGUUAAAAAAGCACUCAUGGCACCUUUCUAUCGAGGCUACGAUCCCAACUACAAACUGGACGAAGAUGAUAUACUAGCAAUUCAAGUACUAUACGGCACUCGUUCUAAUGACAGAAAGGAUGGUGUAAACGGCGUUGAUAAACAAGAUCACACGCCUUCCUCACAUCCCGACACUGGCGAUGCUCCUGAUCUUUGUCAGGAUUCUUCCAUUGAUGCUGUUACAAAGACUGAAAACGGACAAACUUACGUAUUUAAAGAUGACUUCUACAAACUUUUUCAGGGUGGCAAAUAUUGGAGGUUCCGGAAUAAGAAAAUGGAUUCUGGUUAUCCUAAGGAUAUCAGCGUUGGCUUUGAGGGUAUACCAGACAAUGUUGACGCUGCGCUUGUUUGGAGCGGCAAUGGGAAAACAUACUUUUUUAAAGGCAAACAGUACUGGCGAUUCGACAGUCGUAGCGACCCACCAGUCAGUGAUCGGUAUCCUCGACCAAUCAGCAAUUGGGAAGGUAUUCCUAAUAAUAUUGAUGGCGUCUUUAAAUGGCAGAAUAACAGGACGUACUUUUUCAAAGGGAACAACUAUUAUCGUUUUAACGACCGAACAUUUACUGUUGAUAGUGGAAAUCCAUCCUACCCUCGAUCCACGUCCGUUUGGUGGUUUGAUUGCAAAGCUUCGUCGACGUCUGGCACUCGACCUUUCCGCGGAAAAGAUGAAGUCCGAAACAUUGAUCCAAAACACACAACAGAAGAGCCUGAAAGUAAAUCUAGUCCCAAUAUGGGUAUGGUUAACAAUUUUGAAGAUAUGGAUGUAGUAAUAUAUCAACCCUCCGACGGAAACGAAAAUGACCAUGAAGAUAAGCCUUUACAGUCUGCUCAGGAACGUAACUCAUCAUCUGCUAGAUCCCCAUUUUUUGCAUUGAUGGUGUUUAUCCAGUUAGUAAGAUUUAUACUGACCGUAGAAUAUAAAUAAAGAUUAGAUCGAAAAUCUAGAAUAUCUUUUUGACAGAAGCAGCGAAAAACCUAAAACCUCUGCUUACCGGUUAAAUAAUUUCAGACAAUUUUUUCAUAGCGAUAUUUUUGCCUUACCGGUUAACAAUAUUUUCGCUCUAUGUUUUCUACCGGCCAGACACAAUCAUCCGUGGUAUAUAAAACUUGCAUUUAUUUACCAUCUUAGAUAAGUUACUUUAUACCAAUGUUCGGGUGCCGCCAACGGAAUAAACAAUAUAAAUAUCAGAGGCUGUAGUGCGGAACAUGUGUUUUAGAUGAGCGGAUAAUUUUCAUCGUUAUAAAUUACAUGCAUCUGUGAUAUAACUAUUCAUAUUAGCUUCUGUACUUUACACUACCCAGAUUGCAUUUACUUUACAGAAAAAUACUGCUUGUACUUAUUUUAGACACGCCAGUUUGGAUAUUACAUUUGCUUACAAUUAUGGUUUAUUUAUUUUUUACUUUUAAUCACGCGAAAUAAUCAUCCAAUUCCAAUAAAAACGUUUUAUUGCGAAAUAUAUAUCUAAGGGGGUUUUAAAGUGUGUGAUUUUUUUUUUGUUAUUGUUGUUGACAAAAUGGCGUUUGUUUGACACAUGUAACGCUCAGAUCAUACAUGUCAUUCAUGCUUUCCCCCUGAAAAUCAGGAGUGCUUGCAGUUCCCUAGUUUAAUCUGGACUCUGACAGCUUCAUCGUCAUGUUAUACUUUGAGAUAAACAAGAAACAAAUGUAGCGGCAAACUGUUAAAUUAUCAGGAACAGCAAGUCAGUACAGAAUAUUAGAUGUGUUUGUUUGUAGUUAAGCACGAAACUACACAAUGGGUUAUCUGUGCUGACCACGGGUAACGAAACUCGGUUUUUAGCGUUACAAUAUAUAUUUGGAUCAAUAGGCAGUAAUUUUUACGCCCUCCCAUUUCUUCCAACAGGUGUCAUGUUUUUUGUGGUUGUUUUUGUUUGUUUCAUUUUUUUUCAAAAUGUUAAAACAGCUAAAAUAUAAGAAUAUGUAGAAUUAAAUAAUAAAGGUUCACAUCGUUUCUUCAUCACAUUUAUUCUUGUUAGCUUUUCUUUUUUGCUUCCUUUGAUUUGUAAAUAGACUUAUUCAUUUCUUAUAUAUUCACAUUUUUGUGGUAUACGUUGUACAGUUGUAAAAUUCUUUUUGCAACCUUUGAAUUGUGUUUAUUUCACAACAUCUAGUAUUUCAAAUUAUUAUUUCUUCUUCAAUCAACGGAUAAUUUGAUCUUUGGAAUAUAAUAAGACAUCAUAUUUCAUAUUAACCAGAAAAGUUAAUUAUUGUAACGAUAAGCCGUUAAUAUAAAUAUCAUUAAAACCUUUGAUAAAAUUGUGGGAUACCUCCUCUGGGAGGUGUCAGUUUUUUGGUAUAUUAUUUUUGGCUAUAAAUAAAAUCUAUUUUAUAGAUA